AUGCCAGCUCUCCCUCAAUCCACACCUGCUGGCCGCCCCACCCAGCCAAAACCCGCCAUGGAUCGCGUCCCGAACCCGUCACAAUGGCUCAACUUCUCCUUGCCACCUCGACAGCGGAACCAUGUCCCAGGUUCGGGCAUCCCGGGCGGUAUACCCAGGCGGAGUAGGAAGGGCGAGUCAUGGCGCGGCGGAGCGAUGUCAAGGGAGCGCUUUGUCCAUGCCAACUUCCGGUUUGUGCUCAAGCCGACCGAGGUGUUGAGCUAUGGCGCCCAUUUUGCGGAUCCGGACAUAUCGCUGCACUGGCCGCAUAUCCUGCAGGUGCUCGUUCCGACCUUCUCGGCGUUCUCUGUCGCUCAGGGAUAUGUGUCGAGCGAUCCGGCGCAUCCCAGCCGGGAGGAUGAGCUGGGCGUGUCCCUCGAAGAGACGGAAUUGGAAGGACUCGGGGAAGAUGCCGUGCGGGUACGGCAGCGGAUGGAGGAAGAGCGUAGGGGACGUAUGUGCCCUAUCUGCCUGGGCAAGCCGGUGGCCGGGAGAAUGACCAAGUGUGGCCAUAUCUUCUGCUUCCCGUGCAUCAUGCACUAUAUCCGCCUAUCCGACAUCCCUGGCUCGGCCAAGUGUCCCAUUUGCGGUGAUACGGUGCAUGAAGGCAUGCUCAAAUCGGUCAAAUACCUCGAUGCGGCGGCGAUGAUACGUUCCGCUCGAGGUGAUGAUGAGGAGGACGAGCACGGGAUUGAGAACUCGCCUCCCAAAAGCAACCUCGAGGACGGCGACGAUCAUCCCCGAAAAGGUCAUCAGAUCCACAUGCGCCUCCUGCAACGCCCUCAAAUGACCACACUCGCCCUCCCCUCCUCUCCCACAUUCCCAUCCGACGUCAUUCCCCCGCAUACAGCUCCGUGGCAUUUCCUGCCGGACGUACUUGCCUACUCUCGUUUCAUGCUCGCAACCCCGGAAUACAUGAACCAAGAGCUCCAGCGCGAGCUGGACGAAUUACAGGCGGAGUGGAACUUGCUCCGUGGGGACGAGCUCGGUCGUGACUUUGUCAAGGCGGCGAAUGAGAAGGUGGAGCGGCAGGUUGGCAAGGUGCGGGCGGAGCUCAUGACGGAUGGAGUAAGGCGCGGCGAGCGGGAAGCGAGGGAGGCAUGGGCGGACGCUGUGGGCGGGGAGAAGAAGGAGAGGGAGAAGCGGAAAGAGCGGGAAAGGGUUGCUAGAGAAAGGGAGGAGAGGGCGAAGCUGGAGCCAAGUCUCCCGGCUGAGCAGAUACCAACGCAGUUCCUCUCUUCUCAGCAGAGCUUCUCGAACCCGUACGCCAAUAUCCCGCCAAACCUUACUAUCGAGCCGAAUCCCAUGCCCUCCCCUUCGGCAAAAAGAAAUCGCCGCCGUCCGCAGGCCCAUUCUGCGCCCACCCAAUCCCCUCCUAUCCCCUCAUACCACUUCUACCAAUCAUCACUCGGCGCCAACGUCUUCCUCCACCCGCUCGACAUUCGUAUCCUUCUCCUCCACUUCCAGUCCUACUCGCUCUUCCCGCCUACACUAUCAUUCACCUCAUCCGGCUUCGAUCCGGGAACGAUCAACGAUGAUCUCCGCAAGCGGUGCAAGUACCUCUCGCACCUGCCUUCGGGCACUGAGGUCGUCUUCGUCGAGGCAAACCUGGAGGAUAUCGUCGGUCCCGAAGCUUUGGCGGCGUUUGAGCAGCCUCUCAAAGCUCGCAGACUGAAGAGGCGGACGCGAGUGCAGAAGGAAGACCGAGCCAAGACUCGCUGGGAAAAGACGGAACGGGACAAGCUGCCCGCUAGUGCCGGCGGGGCCACUCGGGAGGAUCGGGACUUUAUGACUGCCCUAGCGCGGUCGGCGGUCGUACAGGAUACACUACAUUGGGGAAGUACGGACGGGAUGGCACCGGGUACGUCGGCGGGAAGCGGGUCGACCGGACUCGAGGGGUACGGCACCGCUUCUCCCUCGACGUCCCCCGGAACCCGGACGGGCGGGACGGCGACGUGGGGAAGGCCGACGUUUGCCACGGCGUUACAUUCGACCAGUACGGGUUCGGCCGUCCGGCGCGUAGCUGCUGCGCCGAGAGAAAAGCGGGAAGGGACCGGAGAAGAGGAAGAUGAGUGGGAUGUGCAGGCUGCGUGGGAUGCGGCAUUUGAAGAUCUCAGCUUGGAGGAGGCACGAAGUGGGGCGAGGGUUACUUCGAGAGGUGGAGCAGGGGGACGGAGGGGCGGGAGGGACGAGGAGGAGGACGCUCCUAUGGUGCUCCCGCCGGGAGGCGGCGGUAAGAAGGGGGGGAAGAAGCCAAAGAAGGUGUUGGUGCUUGGCGGUGGUGGACCGGGAACGAGACGAUGA